UCCAAAAAAGAAAAAAAAGAAAAGAAAAGUCUUACUCUUUCUCUUUCUCUCUCUCUCAUUUCCGUUCCGUUUUGUUCUUACAGUCACAGAUCCCAUAUUGCUUCUUCAAAAAAAGGGUGGGAGCUUGGUGUAGAAAUGAAGAGAGAAUUUAUUCAGAGAGUGUUUCAGAUCUGAGGGAAAUAGCAAAGGUUGUUUGGAGCUAUGGAGACAAGAAAUGUGUGUUGCUGGUUUCUUGGUCUCUCUUUGACUUCCCUAUAAUUAAAACGACAACCCCAUAUCUAUACUUUACUUUCUUUCUUUGUUUUUUUUAAGGCUAGCUUUGCUUUCUCUUUGAGGUUUCUGGGAAGCUGUGGUGGUGGUUGUUGUUGAGAGUUUCUUGCAUUUGUCGGUGUUGUUUACUUUAAAGGGUCACUCAAAAAAGCAAAGAGCUUUCUGGGUUUUCUUUCUUUCUUUCAUUUUCUAGUUGGAUAGAGAGAGAGAGAGAGAGAGAGAGAGAGAGAGAAAAGAGUGAGUGAAAAAAUGCUGGCGAUUGGGAGCCCUACCAUCAGUGUCCGUACAAGCACUAGUUGCAAUGCUUUGCUCAGAGAGCUUCAGCAAAUAUGGAAUGACAUUGGUGAGAGUGAAGCAGACAAAGAUCGCAUGCUGUUGGAAUUGGAGAGAGAAUGCUUAGAAGUCUACCGGAGAAAGGUUGAGGAGGCUGCCAAUGCCAAGGCACGCCUCCAUCAGUCUGUCGCAGCCAAAGAAGCUGAACUUGCUACUCUCAUGGCUGCUCUUGGGGAACUAAAUCUUAACUCACCGAUUCAGACAGAGAAGAGAUCAGCAUCUUUGAAAGAUAAACUUGCUUCUGUCACACCACUGGUGGAUGAUCUGAAAAUGAAGAAAGAGGAACGAAUGAAGCAAUUUGCAGAUAUAAAUGCACAAAUUGAAAAGAUCAGUGGAGAAAUUUCUGGAUACAGCCAUGUCAACAAUGCCAUGAUUGAUUCAUUAACACUGGAUGAACUGGACUUGUCAUUAAGAAAGCUCACUGAAUAUCAAACACAUCUUCGCACUCUUCAAAAGGAGAAGUCUGACCGGCUUCAUAAGGUUUUGGAAUAUGUGAAUGAGGUGCAUUCUCUUUGUGGUAUGCUUGGCUUGGAUUUUGGGCAGACUGUGAGUGAUGUGCAUCCAAGCUUGCAAGGGACAAGCAUGGAGCAGUCGACAAAUAUCAGCAAUAGCACAUUGGAAGGUCUGGAACAGGCCAUUGUCAAGUUGAAACUAGAAAGAAAAGCUCGAAUCAUGAAGGUGAAAGAUAUUGUGGCAUCGCUGUUUGAACUUUGGAAUUUGAUGGACUCACCGAAGGAAGAGAAGAAUCGUUUUUCAAGGAUUACUUCUAUUCUUAAAUUGUCAGAGACUGAAAUGACAGGGCCUGGUGUUCUUUCAACAGAGAUAAUUGAACAGGCAUCAGCAGAAGUGGAGAGGCUUACUAAAUUGAAGGCAAGCAGAAUGAAGGAACUUGUUAUGAAGAAGAGGUCAGAAUUGGAGGAAAUAUGUAGAAUGACUCAUAUAGAACCUGAUACAAGUACAGCAGCUGAGAAAUCCAGUGCACUGAUAGAUUCUGGUCUUGUGGAUCCUUCUGAACUCCUGGCAAAUAUUGAAGAAGAGAUAGUCAAAGCAAAAGAGGAAGCUGUGAGCCGAAAAGAAAUAAUGGAUAGGAUAGACCGAUGGCUUUCUGCCUGUGAAGAGGAAAAUUGGCUUGAGGACUAUAAUCAAGAUGAUAACCGAUACAAUGCAGGGAGGGGUGCUCACAUUAAUCUUAAACGUGCAGAAAGAGCUCGAGUGACUAUAACCAAAAUUCCAGCAAUUGUUGACAAUCUGAUAAACAAAACACUAGCCUGGGAAUAUGAAAAGAAGAAGCUAUUUCUCUAUGAUGGGGCACGGUUGGUAUUGAUAUUGGAGGAGUACAAAAUAACCAGACAACAGAAAGAAGAGGAGAAGAAGAAAUUCAGGGACCAAAAGAAGCUUCAAGAUCUGCUUCUCACUGAGAAGGAAGCCAUGUAUGGGUCAAAACCUAGUCCAAGAAAAAGUAACAGCUUUAGGAAGCCAAAUGGCUAUCGUGCAAAUGGAAAUGGAUCCAUGCCUCCCACACCUCGUCGUAACUCAGUUGGCAGUGCAACUCCGGAGCUCCUUACCCCUAGAUCCUACUCUGGGCGUCAAAAUGGAUAUUUCAAAGAAACGAGAAGGUUGUCUACCACUCCACUGAACUUUGUGGCAAUAUCAAAAGAAGACACAAUGUCGACGUAUGCAUCCAUUUGUGGCUCUGAGUCUGGGUCCCCUCGGUUGAAUUGAAAAACUGGAAAUUGGACAGGCUACCUUCUACGCGUUUGACGACUGUACACUCAGUUAGAGCCAGCGGAUAACCUUGUGAAUACGAAAGGGAUUGUAUACUAGUGUAUGCUUGUGAUUUGUUAGAAGUUCUUGGCUAUAGUAACUGACAAUUGAGGAUUUGAAUUUGGAUGUCAUCUGCUUGGAAGAACAUUGGCUUCAGGAACGAGGGGUGACACCGUUAGAUAGUUGUUUGGGAAUUUACUUUGUUAACUUGGAAGUCAUAUUGACCAAAAAUAGGGAGCACUGAUUGUGGGAGUUGUUAUAGUAGCAGCACUGACCUACAUGUAUUUUGUGGAUUUUGCUUUGUGUUUUGCUUAUUCGUGUAUGUAUAUAUGUAUUUCAGUGUGAUGUUUACCAUUUUAUGUAGGAACCUUGAUUCCUUUUCUUUGGAGAUUGCAUCAUUUAGAAAUUUCUGUGA